AUGGAAUUCUUGUAUACCGACGGAGAUGGGAUUGUCCCAACAUCAGGUCGAGAAGUAAUGCCGGCGGGGGAAUGGAUUGCGUUGAACGCAUCAGCAGGUAAGAUUCCCUCUACGGAUGUCUUUCAGCAAGCUUUGGAGGAUCGAGCAUUUCAGCUGGAGGAGACCUGCGCACGGCCAACGGCGUGGACUUGGACGAAGGAGCCCGCCUGGUUCAGUCAACGCUACCACUGGGACGCGUGGAACGUAAUCGAAUCCUUCCCCGACGAAAACGACAACGUCCCUUGGUACUUUAACAAGGGAAGUGCGCCCAUCAUCAACAACGGAGGAAAGUUCUACUUAGCAACCGAUCUACGGGAGAAAGCAAUGGACUUGCUUUCGCGUCUAUGGUUGUGCGUCGAAUCAGUCGUCUCCAACCACCCUUUCAUCAAGGGCACCGACCAUCCUUUGAAGUUCAACUAUCUCCGCUUACAGUCGGGCUGGGACUCAGCAGACAGCGUCGACUCCAUUACCAGGGAAGCUCGAGCGAAGGCCUUGGAGUUCUUGGGAUUUCUCAAUUGGUGGACCUCGUCAGUCACUCGUUGGGACUUUUCUCUACAUCCUUGGAUGGUAGAUUUCAUCAGGACUUUCCAGCUUCGCAGCCUGAAGAAACGAGGCGUAUUCUUGGAUCUAGUCAGAAAUUGGCACCAUCUCAACAUCGCACACCUGUUAGCGGAGGACGUCCCGGUUUAUUACUUCUGGAUGGACGACCAUACUCAAUACCCCAGCCUCACCCAGCUGUCCCCCCGCAUCCUUCAAGCCUAUCAUGACGCCUGUACAGCGCUGGACAGAACCGAGGUCGACGCGGAAGAGAUAAUGGGCUAUGACGAGGAAAUCACAACAAUCCGACGUCACGACGAAUUCUUACAGCUCCACUCUCCACCCGAUCACAUCUCCUCUCCACUAUUCAUCGACAUCCCUGCCACCGCCACAGUUUACAUAGUAGACUUUGAGGGAUGGGCUCGACGCCCUAUCACAGACUUCGUGAUCGUCAAAGACUACGCCGAGAAGUUCCACUUCUUCAUCGACUUGGAGAUGACUGGAGGUAUGGUGACGAUUUGGCGAUGGAAACCACGAGUAACCAACCCAGGUUCUGGUCAGAAAGCGGGGACGGAGGGCUCAGGCAUCAGCGUAGAAGCAAAACGCGGCAACCGCGAGAUUCGAGAAAUCUUCAAAAGCUUGUACGCCCCUUCCCCCAAGGAAAGCUUUGACAAGUGGGGACGUCUGCGUCUUCCAGGGGAAGUCAGCAGCGACUCGUCUGCAGGUUCCCCCAACCCCAAUGCUUCGCCACAGCGCGACGAGGCUUCAGUCACGAUGCUUCCACGUCCUAGCUGGGUUCCCGAAGCUCAUCCUAGCAUUCCAGUGCCACGCAUGACAGCUUCCGAGGAAAUUCCAUCCAGAUGGGUACAGGCGAUGUCUGCGCCUUCUCCUCUUUUGUCCCAGUCACGAGCAUCAUCGGUCCGCCGGUCUGACACCUCCGAGCGACGCAGCUCCCGAGACUCUCGACGGUCAGCCUCUCCCCCCACCUCCUCACGCAAGCAGCUACUACCAGCAUCGCGGAGUACUUUCCUGGCGGAAUUACGCAGGUUGGGAGAUGAAUUUGCAGUUCGCGAAGCAACGUGGUCCAGCAAGAAGCCCUUGAACUGGAACUUGGAGUUCCUCGACGUAGGGUUCCUACUCAUUCCUGACCCCAAGGCUCAAGCUCGACUUCGCUAUUGGGCAGCUUGCUCCGGCGACGCAUCAUCUAUGGCCGCCAUCCUUUUCAAAGCCAUCUGCUUCAGCAUUCCGUUCGCGAUCGGGGUCAAAGUCGAGGAUUUCAGUCGUUUUAAACCAGAAGAGGUAUCGGAUAUGGACCGACUCGUUGGGAAGCCAACCUGUAACGUGGAACCGCCUUUUCUCUACACAGCUCAAGGGGCCCUUAAGGCUUACUACAUGAGCCGUGUCAACGACGUCAUUCGUCGCCCUCAUGCCAGGAUUCUCAUAGGCAUGGGGGGCCCUAUCGCUUGGCUAGGUCGCAAAUGGGGCGGAGCAGAACUGGUCGCGCAGUUCAUGUCAGGGCCUUCCCCAGACGUCUACGUUCAUCGUCGCGGAUACAUCGAUUCCGACGACGAACACCCGUUGUUUUUAUACACCGACGAGAUGUCUCCGCAAGAAGUCGACGUCAUGUUUGGCUGUAUCCGUAGCGACAGUGACAAAGAUAAAUCCCUCUACCCAUCCAAGGACAUAUUGGACGACGGCUGCUUCUUCUGGACGGGCGAGUGGGAUAGUCGCAUGGAGGACAUGUUCGUGGACUUGACCAAGGAAAUCUUACAGGGUACAGCGAAAUUCCGCACGCCAGGAAUGUGGAACGAUUAUUUUCGGCGUCGGAAUCGCAUGAGCAGAGGAAAUCGUGAUCGUUUGAACCACAUCGUACCAGCUUCCUUAAUGCACCUUCAUACCCGGAUUUUAGACGGUUUCCACGUCGAUUGGCACAAGUCUCGCAUUGCUCGCAUCGAAAUUCCGGAGGAGUACAGAACCCGUCAAAUCGGAAAUAGGGGGGCUUUGUGA